AUGAUCCGAGAACUGACGCAUCAAAAUGAACGGCUGACAGACCAAGUACAAAAGGCUGCUGAGAUGGAAGGACAGUUGGUGUCUGAGGUUCAAGGCUUAAGAACACAGGCAUCAAUGAGAACUUCAAUGCAUGAUCACAUAGACCAAUUGGAGGCCCUUCAUGCCAAAGUAAUCUAUGCAUGUUUAUCUAUAUCUAUCUAUCUAUCUAUAUCAGUCUGUUCAUAUCUAUCUAUCUAUCUCUGUCUGUUCAUUAUCUAUCUAUCUAUCUAUCUAUCUAUCUAUCUAUCCUGUUGUUCAUAUCUAUCUAUCUAUCUGAGCCUGUCUGUUCAUUAUCUAUCUAUCUAUCUAUCUAUCUAUCUAUCUAUCUCAUCUGUUUGUCUAUCUAUGUAUCCUAAAAAUCUAUCAUCUAUCUAUCUAUCUAUCUCUGUCUGUUCAUUAUCUAUCUAUCUAUCUAUCUAUCUAUCUAUCUAUCCUGUUUGUUCAUAUCUAUCUAUCUAUCUAUCUCUGUCUGUUCAUUAUCUAUCUAUCUAUCUAUCUAUCUAUCUAUCUAUCUAUCUAUCCUGUUUGUUCAUAUCUAUCUAUCUAUCUAUCUAUCUAUCUAUCUUUUAUCUAUUUAUCUAUCUAUCUAUCUAUCUAUCUAUCUAUAUUUGUUUGUUCAUAUCUAUAUCUAUCUAUAUCUAUCUAUCUCUCUAUUUCUAUCUAUUAUCUAUCUAUCUAUCUAUCUAUCUAUCUAUCUAUCUAUCUAUCUAUCUAUCCUGUUUGUUCAUAUCUAUCUAUCUAUCUCUGUCUGUUCAUUAUCUAUCUAUCUAUCUAUCUAUCUAUCUAUCUAUCUAUCUAUCCUGUUUGUUCAUAUCUAUCUAUCUAUCUAUCUCUGUCUGUUCAUUAUCUAUCUAUCUAUCUAUCUAUCCUGUUUGUUCAUAUCUAUCUAUCUAUCUAUCUCUGUCUGUUCAUUAUCUAUCUAUCUAUCUAUCUAUCUAUCCUGUUUGUUCAUAUCUAUCUAUCUAUCUAUCUAUCUCUGUCUGUUCAUUAUCUAUCUAUCUAUCUAUCUAUCUAUCUAUCUAUCUAUCUAUUCUGUUUCUUAAUUCAUCUAUCUAUCUAUCUCUGUCUGUUCAUUAUCUCAUCUAUCUAUCUAUCUAUCUAUCUAUCUAUCUAUCUAUCCCAGUUUGUUCAUAUCUAUCUAUCUAUCUAUCUAUCUAUCUAUCUAUCUAUCUAUCUAUCUAUCUCGUCUAUUCAUAUCUAUGUAUCUAUACACCUAAAUCUGUUCAUAUCUAUCUAUCUAUCUAUCUGCCUGUCUGUCUAACUCUAUUCCUAUCUAUCUAUUUAUUUAUCUAUGUAUUCUUCUAUUCAUAUCUAUCUAUCUAUCUAUCUAUCUAUCUAUCUAAGUCUAUUCAUAUCUAUCUAUCUAUCUAUCUAUCUAAGUCUAUUCAUAUCUAUCUAUCUAUCUAUCUAUCUACCUGUCUGAGUCUAUUCAUAUCUAUCUAUUUAUCUAUGCAUUCUACAUUCAUCCUUGUUAAUGGCAAGGAUCUAAAACAUUUUGACCAGCCAGAUAGAGGUGACAGAUUACGUUCAUCCUACAGCAGUACAGGUCUACCCACCCAGACCCUCUUCAAUGAAUUAUCAAGUGCUUCUGUGGACAGUGAGAAAGACACAACUGCUGGGACGACACAGAGAAUUAUGAUGAUGGAUAUGACUUUUGAAGAUGAUAUUGAAUGUGAUGACGAAUGUGCUCAAGUCCCUCUAGCUAAUUCCACCAUGUCAAGUGAAGCUCUUCAUACGCCACGGUCACAGUUAAUCGAAGAACUCCAGAAGGAAAUACUAGAAGUCUAUAAUCAUUCGUUUGAUGACCUCCGUCCUGGUCAAUUGACAUCUGUUUUACAGGAGCUGCAACAACUUGUACACACCCAGCUUUAUCCUAGUAAAUAUAAGGAAAGUGGCAUGGCCACUGGUGGGGACCAGGUUGAUAGUGAAGAGGUUGGGAAGGUGACCUUGAUGGCUGAGCAGAUCCAUGAUCUUCAUGUGGAGUUGAGUGGCGUGAGAACCCACGUUGCUGGUUUGCAUGCCGAUCUACAAUUGCGUGAACAGCAACUGCAGCAGAAAAAGACAGAAAUUACUCAGCUUAACAGUAAAAUUGAAGAACAGCAACAAGAACUUCAGAAAAUGCGAGAGGAACGUGACAAACUCCAAGAUCAAAGCAUUGGAAAUCUGACAAGAGAUGACGUUUUGGAGCAAACAAGGCAUGACCGAAACAAUGCCAUUGAGAUGAAAAUCCAAUGUGAAAAAGAAUUAAGCCAAGCUCAAGGGGAGAUAAUGAGUCUUAACAACCAGCUAAUGGCUGCUAUUCACCAAAAAGUGAUGGUCUCCCAACAGAGAGACCAGUGGCAGACAGACAUGGAGGAAUUAAUUGACAUCCAGAUGCGUAAACGACUGCACCAGGAGAAAAUCAAGGAACAAGUGGAAGAACAGCUGAAAGAACACAAAAUUAAACGAAGUGGAUCUUUCUUCUCACGUGUCAAACAUUAG